ACCCAGGUGGGCAUCUUAUCUGGGGCCCACUUGGGUGGCCCAGCUAGGACCCAGAUGGGUGAACAGGUGGGCAUCUUAUCUGGGGCCCACUUGGGUGAACCCAGGUGGGCUCCCCAUGUGGUUCCCAGUUGGGUAAUUAAUGGGAAAUGUGUGCAUGGGCUCAAAAUGGGCUGCACAUGGGACCCUAUUUGUUUUAUCAAAUAUACAAGUGCAAAAAUAAUUAAUCCCAUGGGGUGAUUACAUGUAUAUAUAUGCACAUAUGUGUCUUUAAAAUUAUUUUUGUUGUUGUUUUGACGCUUGGAUUACUUUAAUCAAAAACAAAAAAAAAUCCCCUCCUUUUUUUUUUAUUACAGUCUAUGAUUCCAAUACUCAUUCUACCCAAUUUUCCACUGACAUUUAGCCAAAAAAAUAAAUAAAAUGCUGUCACUUUAAUUGUGCUGACAACUCGAGAUCUCCCGAGUUCCAUCGAGAUCCCAUUCCCCACGACAUCAAACUACCGCGAGAUGCAGCCCUGCCUCGAUCUGCAUGCAGUGUGGAUCCCGCGAGAUUUCAUUCAGCAAUUCCCAUCCCCCACGCAGCACGCGCUGCAUCGCGCCGACGCCAUUACUGCUCUGCUGUAAUUUUCGAGAGAAGACGUUUGCCGUCAGUGUAACCAAGGUAAGAAUUACAAUUUUAAAACUGAAAUUGUAGAGCAUGUAAUUACAUUGUUUACAAACCAUGAUGUUAACCGAAACAUAGUUUGGCUUUUGUCACGUUAGAAUUUAGACUUCAUACUCAGAUCGCGCCAUAUUUUCCUCUUAUUUCUGGCGCCAAUGUCUAACGUUAAACGAUAAUGCUGUAUUGAUGUUCCCUACGCCCUCUAAAACAAACAAACAAACAAAAAAAAAACACUAAAAAAGCUCAAACUGCAAAGUUUGGCAGCGGGCUGUGUGCUCACGAUACAGGAAGAUUACGACGAUGAUGUGAAAUGGCUUAUAGCAGAGAAGCUAACGUUAGUGUAAAUAAGGUACGUUAGCCUGGGACAGAUCUCCAUCUGAACUGUAAACAAGGCUGUUGUACUUUUAACAAUACAUAAAAUACAAUAAUAGUACAACAAUAUUUAAUAUUUAUCAUGCAAACAGGAGUUUCUGCCUUAUAUAAAUCUGCAACAGUUUGCAUUCGGGUGUUAUUACAAAUCAUACAAAUUGUUAUGACUAUACAAAUGUUUUUGCCUAAAUUAGAAUUUUAAUUUUUUUUAAGUAAUAAGCAUUUUUCUUACAGAAAGUAAUCGGACGGUCUUGGAUGUUGAUGCAGUGGAGCAGAAACUGGCAGACCCCACCUUCCAGAAACAAGUGGUUGCUGUGGUGGUAGAAAUUGGAGGCAGUACUGUGGAUGAAGCCACGAGAAGAAUGAGGACCUAUAUCCGAUACCAUUAUUGUACAUCCUGAAAAAAUGUAAAAAUGGAGAUGACUGCUUAUUUAUUACAAGGGCUUAAAUAUGGAAUUUAAUCUAUCUUUAAUGCUUUUGAUGUGCUUUACAGGAAGCUUGAAAAAAAUUCUCUUAACCAAAUUACCAGAAAAGAGGCAGAAAAGUCAGUGUCGAAGUGGCUAAUCGGUGAUGGGAGGAAACCGUUCUGCGAAGUCACGUAGUAGAGAGCAAGAUAGGGCCGUUGGGAGAGUGAGGACAGAGGUAUGAGGACCUGCAUGGUUGGUUUGUUUGUUUGUGAAAUAAUGUAUUUUAGAGUUUUCAGAUAUGUAUACAAACGAUACAAGUUAUUCCAAAUAAUGUUUGGCAGGAGCUUCACUUUAACUUUUUUUUUAAGAUGCUUAUGUUUUAUAAAGUUGUAAAUACACAAGUUAUAAUAGUAAUGUUUAAAUUAUUCCAAAUAAACUUUGCUUAAAAUCAUGAACUACUGGUUUCUGUUUAUUGAAUACCUUUAGCAUUUUAGUGGAUUUAAUGUAAUGUUUGUAUUUAGGGGUGUACUGUAAAAUAAGGUAACCCAAACAGACAAAUGUUAGCCCAUGUGUAUACUUGUUGUGGCCCAUAAGAGACCUACAUAAGACCUAGCUGGGUCCCAUCACUAACCCAUGUAGGCAGACUCAUAUAGGCACCAAAUGGGAGCUACCUGGUUAACCCUUAUGGGCCCUAUGUGGAGCCCAUCAAGGGCCCAUCAUCAGCCCAUCUGGGCUAACCCAUGUUGGGCCACCAUGGAAACUGAGGACAAAAUUAGCUGGGUCCCAGUUGGGUAGCCCAGAUGGGCCCCAGAUAUCGGCCCAGUUGCAACCCCUAUGGGCCCCACAUGGAUGUGUUGGCUGGGAUCCAACCAACCAGUAAGCGAUGAAACUUCACUCAGCCAGCCUGUCAGCCACCACAGACUCGCCAACCAUCACUCUACCAGCCAGCUAGUCAGCCACCAGUGAUUCAGCAGUUUUCUCUCUUUCAGUCAACAAUACAGCCAAGUUCAGAUAACUCUCCAAUGUUGUGCAUGUCCCAAAGUCACUCCAAAGAACCAGCAGACUCAGAAUCUGUUUUGAGGAGGAACCAACAACUUCACAAUAUGUUAUACAACUGUGCAACUUAAAAGUUAGCAUGUUUAAUAUUGUUGUUUAAAGGCAGGGUAGGUUAUUUGGUUCAAAAUAAAAAAAAAUUUGUAAUGCUGGUUGAAAAUCUCGUCACAUCCCGAUAGCAAUUACUAAGUUUAAGUUUAGUUUUUCUAAAUGUAUUUAUUUGCAGUAGCGUGAUCAGAAUAGUACGCACAUGCCGUACACACUCCACCGGAUUUUUGUAACUGUAAAUACAGUAUAGAUGCAGCUCACACAUGCUUUUAAUUGUUUUUGGUUUGGGCUUGAAUCACAUUGGACCUGUAACAUUUAGAAAAUGUUGUAUUGUACUUUUCUGGAGAAUUUAUGUUCUAAUGUAAAACACUGACUGGUUGAUGGGUCAGGCAAUUAACAUUUAUGUUCAUUUCUUGCAGUUUUACUGAGAGAGAUUUUGACAAAACAAGAAAUGCUUCUUGACCAGCAAAAUACAAUCCUUCGAAUUCUAGUCAACGCAUCGCCCAGGUGCUGUCAGGCAGAAUCCCCUCACUGGGAGGGCUUCAGAUAAAGACAUUGAAAUGAACUUUAUAAAGUGGCUGCACCUGGCCGGAGACCGAGAUGGUGGGAGGAAGGAGAGAAUGAAUAAACAACAGUGCAUUGCUGACCCUAAUUAGACUGUUCGAGUGUUCGCAGGAUUACUGACAGCAACACACUUUCAAGCAACACACUUUUCAAGUUUAAUGUUAUUUGUUCUUAAAAACUGACAAACUCAAAUUUGUCCAUUUAAUAAUUUUUUGAAUGUUAAAUGUGUUGUAUAUUUAAAAAUUAUUCCAAGUCAAAUUUGUCCAUUUAAUUUUUUUUGUUUUGUUUUGUUUGAUUGUUAAAUGAAUGUUUGCUGUAUAUACUUAGCAACUGAUUCCAACUCAACUUUGUCCAUUUUUGUUUUGUUUGAAUGUUAAAUGUAUGUUUUCUAUUCUUAAAAACUGAUUCCAAGUUAUUAAUUUAAUAAUUUUUAGUUUGAAUGUUAAAUGCAUGUCUGUUGUAUAUUCUUAAAAAAAAUUAUUCCAACUCAAAUUUUUUAAGUUAAAUAUGUUUGUUGUAUAUUUAAGAACUUUUUUUAACUUGAUACUGAGUACCUGUUAAGCACAUUUAACCUGCAUUGACAAAAGUAAAUUAUUUUAUUUACAUUUUUGUAGUUGAGCGUGUGAUUUAUUCUCUAGUUAAUAUGACUUUUACAUACAGUAAAUCCUACCAUCAGCCUCAUGUGGGCCACAUUAGGGCAGUGAGGUCUUAACAGAACUCAGCCUUACUGAAAUGAAAUACAAGGCCCACAUAUGGGCCACAUUAAAAUGUAUUACUUGGUUCACGAUAGGCGGAGUUAUGGCACUGCUUUGGUUCAGUUCUGGCUAAAGUACAUGUGGGCCAAUUUUGGGCUGGCGAACACGUACUAAUCUGGGCCACACUUUAGCUGUAGAUUUGGGCCAGAUCCGUGCCAAAGAAAAUUUGCUGACUGGGAGACUUUCCUCAGGCUUUUCAGAAUGACCAUAACAACUUAUAGAUGCUGUGAACGAGAUCGGUCUGCUGGUUAGUCAAGUUAUCCCGUCUCAUAGCACAAAGUCACAUGACUUUUUUUGAUGCGUAUGGAGGAAUUUAUUCGGUAAACGUGUUUCCAUCGUAGUUUAUGCACAUUUUUUCUUACUGGAUAAAAAGUUUAUCCUACUCAAAUAUGCGCAUACAUUUUUUUUCUGUGCAUUUUUAGAAUUUAUGCGUAUCUUGCCGUUUCCAUCCAGGAUUUCCAUCAUUUCAAUUAGAAAUCUUACAGUUAAACUAAAAGUUCACUCACUUUUGAUUAUAUCUCAACUGUUCUCCAUCAGAUCAACAGCGUUCGGAGUGUGUUUUUACGUUGAUGGCCGUGGAAAUUGUGACGCUGUGAAAGUUCUCCUUUGACUUCUCUGUGGAAAAAGAAACACAAAGCAACUGGACAAGUUCUGUCAUAAAUUGCUUCCUCAGGAAUUUGUGAAACAAUGGCACAACAUAACAUCAGCAUCAAUGACUCAACUGCAUCAGAUCAUGAUUUACUUCAACAUGGAACAUGGAAAAGCGAUUAUGCAGAACUUGUGUUUAUCCGUGUCCUUUCAGUCGUUGAGAUUCCAGUCAUGAUCUUAACUCUGAUUGGCUUGUGUUUCAUCAUCAAAUCCCGGCAUGCUGUUUCAGUUUUUGUUAGUAAUUUGAUACUUUCAGAUCUCAUACAGGUCAUUUGUUUGUUAAUAGCAGCAUCAACUACCUCUUCGACACGUAAUCUGACUGUUGAAUAUUACUAUUCUUUGAUGGUGGGUCUGUAUUUUAUGGCAUGUGUGGCUUUUGAACGAUAUCUUCUGGUUUCUCAUCCUAUCUGGUACAGAUCUCACCAGUCACUCAAACUCUCCUGUUUUAUUUCUGUGAUCGUCUGGUUUGUGCUUCUGAUCUUUGUAAUAAUAUGCCCCCAUUGUUUUAAUUUUAAUCAUCUAUCCAUGUGUAUAGCGUGUUUAAUUCCUUACCCCAUAAUCAUUCUCUGUUUUGCUGGCACUUGUCGAGGUCUUUCUCGCUCAAUAUCACUGACUGCUCUUCAGCGCAAAUUAAUUUUGGGCAGUUUGUUCCUGGUGCUGUUGACUUACACAUUUCUCAUUCUGCCUUAUGUGAUUAUGGUAUUUAUGCCAUAUGUUGGUAUAAAACCUCACCAUUAUACACAGUUGCCCAUGUAUGUGAAUCCACUUGCUGACUGUUUUCUGUACAUGUUCAUAAGGUCUGAUGUUCGUAAUAUGAUGAAGUCUGUUUGCUGCUGUCGUAGACAUCAGAGUUUGAAUGACAACCAGGACGAACGCUCUGUAGUGAAUCCACAGAACAGCUGCUGUACUGUAGUGUGCUGUAUUUCAGCUCAAAAGCCUGCAUCUCAUGCACUGAACACCUGCAGCUCAGUUUAACCUGCUGCUAAAUGAGCUGAAAAACACUGUGCUAUAUUUAAUUGAAGUCAGUGUCAGUGAACUUUAUAAAAGUAUAAAAUAUUAAGCAGCACUAGAAAAUGGCAUGGCAAUCUAAAGAGUUUGAUAAGCAGGUAGCUGCGAUACUGUUUUUGUAGAAGUGUGUCGUAUAGAUGACUGUAUUGUUUUUGUAUAUUAAAGAGCUUACUGUUCUUCGGUGUCCUUUUCUGUCUUUACUUAUUUGACUAAUAACUGUUGAUGGUGA